AUGCGUCUCCGCAAAGACCUGCCCUUCACGCAACCCGCUGUGCAAGCCAUGUCCGACUUUCAGAACCGUAUCGCACCGCUUUUCAACGAAAAGCACAAGGCCUUGCUGAUGGAACAGGCGCUGUAUAUGCUCACGCCAGAAAUGGUGAGCAAGUCCAACAACGAAUUAAAAGAGAUUGACAGUGUGGAUUUAUCUGCCCUCUCAUCGGAAGAUGUCAAGGGGAAACACAUCCGGCAUCAUCAUAGACGCCAUGUCUACCUCCCACCGUACGAGAACGAGCAAUAUGGGAUUUUGAUGCCAAACUUGCAGGGUCCUGGGGUUGAUUGGUUGGUCGAGUUCAAGCCGAAAUGGCUGGUGCAGAGCCCCAGUGCGCCUGCAGACGCGAGAAAUUGCAGGACGUGCGCGCUGAAUACCAUGCGCAGAGAGGCCGGGGCUCAUCAAGGGAGAGGAGACUCGGGAUUUUGCCCUUUGAACCUGCUGGUAGCUGAUGGCGUGGUGUUGGAGCGAGCGCUGAUGAAUAUCUGGCCACUCAAGGAUGGGAUCGACCAAUUUGUAGCGGCGUUCAGAGAGAAGGUCCAACCUGCUUUGAGACAUUUACAGACUCUUCAAGAAGAACAUGGGGCGGUGGGAUUGGACGAUUUUCUCCAUCCCGAUGGCAAGGACUUUGGCGUGGCCAUGGCACUGAGGGAUUGCAGCGUCUUUCUAGCUCUAAGGCGAAGAACCGACUCGGACGACGGAGGAGUCGAGAUUAUAGACGUCAGGCUCGCCGACUUGGAUUUGAAGACGAGCGAGGCAGGAAAGGUCCAGAAAUGGGCCGCCAUGGAGCAGGAGCUGCUGGCUGGCGGUUGGUACCAGAAGCUCGACGGGUCGAAUUGUGCGUUAAGCCGUCCAAUUCUGUCACAAGCAUAA